AUGGCGGCUGCGGCGGGGGGCUCCUCCUCGUCCUCCUCGGCGGGGCAGCCGCAGCAGCUGCUGGCGUCGGCGCGGGCCUGGGUGCCUCGGCCCUCCCCGCUGCCGCUCCUGGGCCGCACCGGGCGGCGCCUCCUCCUCCUCCAGCUCAGCGCCGCGCCCGGCCACGACCGCUUCCGCCUCGGCCUGAGGGGCGGCCAGGACUCGGGCCCAGAGCCGAGCCUGGUGGAGUACAGCCUCAGAGAGAUUUCCUAUGAAGUGAAGACGCCCACAUGCCAUGAGCUGAAAGUCUUGGCUCGCCCGGAUGACCCCAUUGUCUUUCAUUUUGAGGAUGAGCACGAGGCCCAGAAGUGGUGGGCAGUCGUCAGCAGCUCCCUUUGGGAGGUCCAGAAAGCUGCGGAGGGCCCCCACGUGGCGACAGGACGGUCUCCUCAUAAUCUUUCAGCUGCUACGAACUCUCUGCCUGUGUCAGAGCCUGAGGGCUCUCUGCCUGCGGAACUGGCCAGGAAAGAAGACCUGGCUUUCCAGCUUUCCACGGCUAUUGAACUUGGGAACCAGGAAGAGGCUGUUCGAUGUGCCACAGCACUGGCUCAGCAACAAGCGGCUCUGCGCAUCCUUCCAAAGGAGUCCUGCUACCCCGCGAGUGAGAUCAGCAUGAAGGUGGGCGUGGAGGAUGCUAUGUGCUCAGCCAACAUCACCAUCCCGGUGCAGACGCACACCACAAUCGCGGCUCUCAGGCAGAAGGUCUUUCAGGAUUAUGGGUUCCACCCCAGUGUCCAGCGCUGGAUUAUUGGUCAGUGCCUCUGUGUCGACGACCGGACAGUGGGCUCCUACGGGAUUCGCAAGGAUGGAGACACGGCCUUUCUCUACCUGCUGACUGCAAAAGUGGCCAGUCUCUCGGAGCAGCGCUACAAAGAGGACAAAGACUGGGUGGUGCUGCAGCCGGCCCCUUCGUCGCUCUCGGAUGGCUCCAACGCUGGGCGGCCUUCGUCCAACUCUCUGCCAAAGACAGCAGGUGCGUCUCAUGGAAGUAAGAAGAAUGACAUCGAGGAGAGGUUGAGUGUGCUGCAGCUGACCGACCUCCUUCCCAACCAGCCUCCAGCUCUUCCGGCUGCAGCUGUUGCCCCCCCUUCCCCUGUCCAGGCCGGCUGGUCCUGUCCGACCUGCACCUUCAUCAACAAGCCCACCCGCCCCGGCUGUGAAAUGUGCAGCACCGACCGGCCUGCCAGCUAUGUGGUUCCUGGCAGCUACAGACCCGAUGAAAUGGAGCUGUGGCGGAUGCAGCAGGAGAAGGAGGGGAUUGUGCGGUACCAGCAGGCCCUGGAGCAGGAGCGGUGGCAGAACUUCCAGCAGCUGUGCCAGCUGGACGAAGAGGCCCUGGUCCCCACCCAGGAGGCCACGGAGUGCCGCAUUUGCUACUUAGACGUGGAGCCGGGCCAGGGGGUGCUGCUGCGGGAGUGCCUCCACAGCUUCUGCAGGGACUGUCUGCGGCAGCUGAUCAACUGCAGCGAGGAGCCCCAGGUGGCCUGCCCCUUCCGGGAUGACAGCUACGCCUGCAGCAGCCACCUACAGGACCGAGAGAUCCGGGCGCUGGUGUCGCAGGAGGAGUACGAGCGUUUCCUGGAGAGGAGGCUGGCGGUGGCUGAGAGCCGCGCCCAGAACAGCUACCACUGCCAGACGGCCGACUGCCUGGGCUGGUGCAUCUACGAGGACGAUGUCAAUGAGUUCCGUUGCCCUAUCUGCUGGGCACUCAACUGCCUGGUGUGCAAGGCCAUUCAUGAGGGCAUGAACUGCAAGCAGUACCAGGACAAGCUGCAGUCCCAGGCCCAGAAUGAUGCUGAGGCCCGGGAGACCAGCAACAUGCUCAAGACGCUGGUGCAAUUGGGGGAGGCCAUGCACUGCCCCGUCUGCCGCAUCGUGGUCCAGAAGAAGGGUGGCUGCGACUGGCUCCGCUGUCCUGUCUGCCAGACGGAGAUCUGCUGGGUGACCAAAGGGCCCCGCUGGGGGCCAGGGGGCCCUGGUGACACCAGUGGAGGCUGCCGGUGCAACGUCAACGGGCAGAGAUGCCACCCCAAUUGUCUGAACUGCCACUGAGCACCUGCUGCCAGGAGGAAAGACACAAGGGACGCAGUACGCCCCCUCCUGAACUGCUGCGGGUGGGGCUUCACUAGAGACAGAGGCUCCUUCCCCCCCCCACUGGACUAUUUAACCCUGUAGUGGCUUGCUAAUGCUUCAUCCCUACAGAGCUGGGGUGGAGGCUGAUCUUCCCACACCUUCCUGGCAGUCCGUAUCUACCUCUGAAGGUUGGCCCCCCCACAAGCAAGCAUCACGGAUGGGUCAGAGGAAAACAAGAGCAAUUCUCCCGAGAACCUCCUCCCCAAGCCCUGGGGAGCUGCCAGGGGCCCCAAGAUGCAUGUAGCUGCACAUCUGGGUGAGAGAGCCAUUCAAUAAAGGUGUAAAUGCUGG